UCGAACCCUUCUGCCGUUCGUGUGCACCUGGAUGGGGUCCAUAAAUAUAGAAGGCCUCUUCAUCUUCCUAUUCUCCUUUCUCUAAACCGCCGCUUCUGUUCUGAUCUGCUCCCCGAAACUACUAAAACAAAUCGAAGUGGGGAACAGACAAGAGAGAAGGGAGAUGGCGGAGGCGGUGGCGGUGGCGUACGAGGAGCAACGGCGGAGGCAGAUAGAAAUGAACAAGCGGAAGCUGGAGGAGCUGCAGCUCCACCACCUCUCCGCCGCCGUCAGAGAGGCCGCCGCCGCUGCCAAACCCUCGUCGGCCAAGAAGCGGAAGGCGCCGGUGCCGCGGGACGCCGCCACGGAGCCGCCAAGGCGGUCCGACCGACUCGCCAACCUCCCUGAGAAGCCAAUGUACCGCGAGGUCAGGGUGAACUUGCCAUUUCCGGAGGGCAGCAAGUCCAAUGCGCGGGUGCCGCUGGACGCUGCCAACUCCGUGGUGGUGGAGCCACUACGGUGGUCCGACCGACUCGCCAACCUCCCCAAGAAGCCCAUGUACCACGAGGAUUCGGACGAGGAGAGGAGCUACGCCAUCUCUAAGGCUGAGGAGCUGGUGCAAGAGCUGGGCUCCAGCUUCCCCAUCUUCACCCAGCCCAUGACACUGUCCCAUGUCUCCGGAGGCUUCUGGCUGGGCCUCCCGAAGCAUUUCUGCCGGGAGCACCUGCCUAAGAGUGAUGAGACGAUCACCUUGGUGGAUGAGGAGGAUGACGAGUCAGACACGUUCUACCUUGCAAUGCAGGCUGGCCUCAGCACUGGAUGGAAAGAGUUCGCCAUCCAGCACAAGCUGCUUGAUGGAGAUUGCUUGGUCUUCCAACUGAUUGAGCGGACAAAGUUCAAGUGUUGCAGGUCUACAUAAUUCGAGCAACUUUGUACUUCGAAAGUGAUCACUGAUGAAACUAGUAGCUUCUAAUAUGGUUAUUGGAGCACGGGUAAAACUUGACCUUCAUUGUUUAAAAUGGUUGAAUAAGAGUUUCAUACUUCUGUUUUUUUUCGGAGGGUGCAAAUUCUCCCAUUUCCAUAUUGGGUUUGAACUUUCAGCUUUUUGAUCGCUAAACAUCAAUGUUUAUAAUCUCACUUCCAUUAAUUAUGAAAAUACAAGGGCCUAUGCUGCUUCAGUGAGCAGGGGCGGACCCAGUCCAACAUUUGAGUGGGGGCCUAAAUAGAGGCUAAAUGACUACUAGACCUUUGUAGCUACACUAAAAUGUCCACUGAAACUAGAAAAUUGAGUGGGGGCCUGUGCCCCCGCUAAGCCCAACGUGGGUCCAGUGAGGUUAUCUUGAUCUCACAUUGCAAAGCCAAUAUAUUUUGGGUGGAUGGCUUCCUUUUGUCCAAGCUAUUUGACCAAUGUUUGAUAGGCGAAUGCAUGAACUGAGCAAGUACUAGAUGGUAUGGUGACUCUUUCGACUGAUGUAGAUUUUUUUUUUGUUGUACCAUUGCCUUCUCCUUUCCAGAUACAUUUCGUUUCAUUGGUACAUGAACUCUGUGCUCCACCUUUCUCUUGUAGGUUCCUAGUAGUAGUCUACACAAUUUCAUUUCUGUAUUUUUUGGGUAAAAUAGUACUUUUUCAGAAAUUUUAGUAGGAUAAUUGUUUGUUGAAGGCAUAUUGUCGUAGCUGUUGUUGGAAGCUCUGAUAGCUUGGCACAUUGUCUUCUUAUUCUUUAUUUGACAUGUCUACAGUUGAACCAAGAGAUGUUUGUUUCUAAAACUUACUGUACAUCCAUUGCAAGUGACUCUCCUUGUUUCACUUCUGACUGUCCUGUAGAAAUUACUGAAGGUACACAAUUUUGAGGAUGGUGAAUAGCUGUCCUGAUGUGAACAUGUUUCCUUGUUCCUUCACUCAGUUAUGAGGCAGUUGCGUUGGACAAGCUCUCAUCUGGAAUUUGCUCGGCAUCUUGAACUUUUUGGGUGGCAGAAAGUUAGCUGAUAUAUAAAUGUUUACUUAACCUAGUAUCUAGUUAUUUAGCAGCUGCUAAUUUGUGUAAUUGGGCUUACCAAUUGCACGGUUCAGAAACCUGCACUAUGUAAGGGGAUGUUGAUGGCAAUUGACCUCAUUUUAUAAAUGAUUGAUGUCUGUCCAUAUUUCUCUUGGAUCAA